CUCCUUCCUCUUAAAACCCUCAACCACUUUGUGCGUUCAUGCAGUGCUCAGACUACAAAGACAAAACAGAUCGAUCAAGAGAGAGGCUGUGUGAUUGUGAAGGAAGCUUAGCUUUAAUGGAGAAAAGCAAGUCCGUUGGUGAGUCGUCAUGCUCUUACGCGGAGUUCAAUGGCUUCGGAGAGAGAUCCAACUCUUACAACUUCAACGGGCCGACGCAGAAAGGGAAUGGCUUCUACGCGUCCAGUGAUCCAGAGUUCAAGAGGAAGAAGAGGAUCAAAGCUUAUAAUGGCUUCACCGUGGAAGGCAAGCUUAAAUCCCGUGUCAGGAACAGCUUCAAGUGGAUCAAGAACAAGUUCACCGAUACCAGCUAUUAAUAAUUACCUUCAUCUCUAUAUUUAAUACUUAAUCUGGUAAGGUUUCUGAAUUUGCUGUCAGAUUUUUCAAUAAAAAUCUUGCGAGGUAAUGUUGAAACUGUACAAAAAGAAAAUUACUUAUCAUGUUUUUAUUCAAGAAUCUGAUAUAUAGCAAACCCCAUAAGAUCUCAGCUCUGAAAGGUAACAGUAAGGAAGAAAAAAGGGAAAGGUUUGUCAGCUGUAAAAGUUGUUUGUGUUGGACAUAUUAUGUCAGCUGUAAGAGAUUUUAUAUACAUAAAGAGAAACCUCAAUAUAUGUUGCUGAGGUGGAAUAUGAAAUGUUGGAGCUGAGAACAUGGGAUAGAUUAUAAGGGUUUAAUUGUGGGGUGUUUUUGUAUAACAGGAGAGGAUUAUGAAACACUAAUAAAGGCAAGUAAUGCUUAGUGUUCUAA